AGUCUUUCGACGUCCUGCGCGGGAGCGGAAAACGUGCAUCCGACAGAGGAGAGAAGAAACGUUGUGUUUUCCUGGUAAGGUAUUUUGCUGCUAGAAGACUUUACCAAAUUACAGCAGAUACUCGGCUUCCUUAUAGGCGUCUGCACAAACCAGAAGCCUACUAACACAUCCAGCAUGACACGAGAUUGGAAACCUGGUGAUCUGAUCUUUGCCAAGAUGAAGGGCUAUCCACACUGGCCUGCAAGGAUUGAUGAAGUCCCAGAUGGUGCUGUGAAGCCGUCUAAUAUCAAGUUCCCCAUCUUCUUCUUUGGCACCCAUGAAACAGCAUUUCUGGGCCCCAAAGAUAUCUUUCCAUAUCAGCCCAACAAAGACAAGUACGCCAAGCCCAACAAGAGGAAAGGCUUCAACGAAGGAUUGUGGGAGAUUGAGAACAACCCAAAGGUUGAGCUCACUGCACCAAAGCCGGUCCCCCCUGAAUCUUUCACUGAAAAGGAUUCGGACAGUGGCCCAGAAGGAGGGGAGGAAGCAGAUAACAAGGGGAUAAAACCCAAAGUUCCAGGAAGUGAGGCUGAGCAGGAGAAAGAGAAUGUGGAGUUGGAGGAGGAGGAGUUGGAGGAGGAGGAGGAGGAAGGGUCUCUGAUCUCUGAGCAGGGUCCUCAGAACCAGGAUGGUGCUGCACAGAAAGAAUCCACAGAUGCUCCUAAACCCAAGCGAGGAAGAAAGAAAAAGAGUGAUGUUGAGCAGGAGACUGAAAAACAGGAUGCACCUGCCAGUCCUGUUAGUCCCUCAGCUGCAGAGGCUCCUAAACGACGAGGCAGGAAGCCCAAAAGUGAAAAGUUACUUCUGCUCCAGCAGCAGCAGGAACAGCAAGGCUCAGGAAGUGAAAUGGAGACUGCUGAGUCGGAGAGAAAGAGAAAGAGGGCAGCAGAGGACAAGUCCAAGAGUGGAGAGGAGGAGAAGAGAAAGAAGGAGGACAGCAAAGGAAAGGAGGCAGAGGGGAAGGAGCCUGACGCCAAGAAGAAGAAGAAGGAAGAGGGCUCCUCAGGCUCUGAUGAUGAAGAGAAAAACAAAGGCAGAAAGAAACACCAAAACUCAGAAGUGGACAAAGAUGUGCGGCGGCGGAAAGCAGAUGAACUGAGAGAGACAAACAAAGAUGACGGGAAGAAAAAUGAAGAGAGGACAGGCGCCAAGAAAAAGGAAAUAUCAACUGACCUGAAGCUCCAGCGACUGCACAGUGAGAUCAAGAUUUCACUGAAAAUUGACAACCCUGAUGUGAAGAAGUGCUUGGAUGCUUUAGAUGAGAUCGGUGCCCUUCAAGUGACGACCCAGCACCUGCAGAAACACAGCGAACUUAUUGCCACACUGAAAAAGAUUCGCAGAUUCAAGGCCAGCCAGGACAUCAUGGACAAGGCCACCAUGUUGUACAACAAGUUUAAGAGCAUGUUCCUGGUUGGAGAAGGAGACUGUGUGCUCAGCCAGGUGCUUAACAAGUCUUUAGCUGAACAACGGCAGCACGAGGAGGCCAAGAAAGGAGCGCUGAAGAGAGUGGAACAAGCCAAGGAGAACACCACAGACAAGAUGACAAAUGGUGAUAUCAGCCCCGAGGAGAAGAGGCAGGAGACGGACAAAGAGAAGAUUCCUGAAGACACAUCGGUGGGAGAAAAUCACAGUGCUCCAAAAGCUCAGGAAGAGUCCACUUGAGUGACCUACAUGCCUGAAGGAAGGAGAAGACAUUUGCUGCUGUACUCGUGUCCAAACUGGGCUGAACAACUGGGAUUUCCUGUCCAGUUCCUUUUGAUGACUGAUCAUGAUCACUGGUUUCCAGUUUACCAACUGUCUCUGUCAGUGAUGCUGCUUAAAGGUUCCAGGACAUCAAACCCAUCCACUCCCAACAUGAAGACUGACUGCAUAUUUUAUUUUUUUACUUUGUGUCACACCUGUUGAAUUUGAGUUACGUCUGUGUCAAGACUAAGAGCUUGUAGCAGCACCUUGAACGUAGAUCUUAGUGAGCAUGCUCACAGGGAUGAGGUUAGCACCUUUUUAGUACCAUUUUUCAACUGGAGUAGAUGGUUUUGAUUAAACACAAUCAUUUCAUAUACAUUUAAAUAGUUUUUUUGACAUUUACAAGUUGAUCUUAACUUCACUUACAGAUUAUUUGAAGGUCAAAGAUUUAGUUAAACUUAGAAGCAACAUUACUGUGUCUAAUAUCGGUUUCAUUAACAUUUUAAAGAUUCACAAACAGAAAAUUUGCCAAAGUUUAUUUUGCCAAGUUUUCUCACAUUCAGCUGUCUGUUUUUAAAAGUUCUGUUUUUAACGUAGAUGUAAAUAAGAGUAUUUUUGUGCCUGUCUGAUGACCUGUUUAAGCAUCCAAUAAUA